AUGAACAGCCUCCCCGUCCUGCACCUUCUCCUGCUCCUGCUUGGACUGCAAGCCCCGCAGGCCCAGGGGCGGUCCUUGCUGACAUACCCGCCUCAGCAAAACUUCAAGAUGAUCAGUGAAAUUAUAGACAUCUUAAACAGUUCACCCUCGCCUGCAGAAGAAACCUUGGACCCAAAUGAGACAAACACCCUGCUGAACACUACCCUUCUGAGGCCAAACCUGGAUGCAUUCUUGAAUGCUACCAAAAAUUUCUACAGCAAUGAAUCACUUAUCUGGAAAAAUCUUAAGGAAUUCCUGCCACUCCUGCCGACUCCCACACCCACGGGAGAACCAAUCUCUAUUGGGAAUAACUGGAGUGAUUUCCAAAAGAAGCUGAAAAAAUAUCUGGAAACCCUUGAUAACUUUCUGAAUUUCAAGAACAACCACUGA